GAGUCUUAUUUUGACUUUCAACCAUUUCCAUUCUCUCUCUCUCUCUCUCUCGAGUGUUAUCGCCGGCGAUUCACUCCCCUGAGUUCCACCACACCCUUCAAUUCAACUCUUCUGCACUCCCUUUAGUCGUUCCUUCGAAAGAAAUGGCUUUCAUCGCUUGCUAGGGUUUCGUCCCUCCCCAAUCGUUCUCCCCCAAAUCACAGUGUACCUAAUCUUCUUCCUCAACCUCUACUAUUUCGUCUUUAUGGCUAUCCGCGUAACCUUCUCCUUCUCCGGCUAUGUCGCCCACAACCUUGUCUCCACCGCCACCUCCCGCAUAUCCAAUUCCCGCUGCCUCCAAGAAUGCUGGAUCCAUUCUCGCCUCUUCGGAGUUAGCCCAAAACAUGACCGAGAUCCCACCGCCGGUGUCCGAAGCUUCCAUUCCGAUCAUCUCCGGCGGCCGAAGCUACGCAAUCCUUGCGCCUACACCACCCUCGCCGGAGAGAUUUUCGGCGAUAACUGCAGCAACCCGAUCGUCUUGGGCUUGAUCUCCAUGAUGAAGUCAACGGUCGGAGUUUCUGGUUCGUCGUCGGCUUCCGUGGGUAUUUUCGGUAUUUCUCCCUUCAAGACCUCUUCCAUCAUACCUUUCUUGCAGGGUUCUAAGUGGCUUCCGUGUAACGAAUCCGUCCCUAAUCCUACCACCACAAACUGGGAGGUCGAUAAGGGCGGAACGCUGUGUUCGGAGGAGGUGGCUGCUAGCGCUGUCUCCGCUGUUGAAGCUGGGAAGAGCAGGUGGCUCUCGCGGGUGUUGAACGUGUGUUCCGAGGAUGCGAAGGCCGCGUUCACCGCCGUCACCGUUAGCUUGCUCUUCAAGUCCUUCUUGGCUGAACCUAGGUCUAUUCCCUCUUCCUCUAUGUACCCAACCCUCGAAGUCGGUGAUCGCAUUAUGGCCGAAAAGUUUUCUUUCUUCUUUAGAAAGCCUAAUGUUUCAGAUAUAGUGAUUUUUAAGGCACCUCCUGUUUUACAAGAAUUUGGUUUCUCUUCCUCUGAUGUGUUUAUAAAAAGGGUUGUAGCUAAGGCUGGAGACACUGUUGAAGUUCGAGAUGGUAAAUUACUUGUGAAUGGCGUUGCUGAAGAAGAGGAAUUCAUUUUAGAGCCUCUUGCUUAUGAAAUGGAAUUAACGGUUGUGCCAGAAGGAUAUGUUUUUGUGUUAGGAGAUAACCGUAAUAACAGCUUUGACUCACAUAACUGGUAA